AUGUCAGAGAACAUGGCGGCAACGGGAACAUCUUCCCCCGCAUUUCCUCGCUUCCCCAGCCUCCCCGCGGAGCUACGCAUUCAAAUCUGGCACAGCACCCUCCACGAAAAAGACAGCCCAGCCCUAGUCUUCUUCAGAAGAGGAUGCUGGCGCCGGGGACGCCUCUCUGAAACCGAGCAGGGGUACGACCCCACCGAUCCAUCCCAUCCGCACUUCUACUUUGAUCCUGAACUACUCGACCACGUAGAAGUCAAUGUUCCACUGUUCUUCGUCAAUCGCGAAGCCCGCAGGAUCGCUCUAGCCUGGUGCCACGAGCAGGGAAUCUCACUCCGUUUCUCCCCCAACCAACCGUCUCUUAUCUUUUCGCGCCCGUUCAACUCAAAGCACGACGUGCUAUACGUCCCGCUGGAUCAAUGGGACGGCUUCCUCUGCGAGCCGUAUGAUCAGAUGUUUACACCUGAAUGGACUGGCCAGUGUGUCAGCACUUAUGCUCUCGAGCUGGGGGCCAUUGCUGUUCCUGAGGCACAGAUUUAUAGAAACCCCGCUGUGCUGCAUGAGAUGUUCGAGUGGCCCUAUUAUCCAGCAGUGAUGUAUGUCGUCCUCGACGCACCGCGGGAUCUGCGGUUGGAGUAUGCAGGGGCGAAGGUCCAGCGGCGGUGGGAGGUCCAGGCCCGGCCGGGAGGGUCCUUAUUCUAUACCUGGAAGGACGGCCGUGGAAGCUUUGAGGAGGGGACUGGUGAGCAUUCUGGCCAUGAAGACUUGUACAAGCGGAUCAAAGAGAUCAGCAAAGGGCUCGGUGAAGGAAUUACGUUGCACAAUGUCCGCAGUUUUGAGGUGCGGCCUUGUCUGUGCCGUUCGGGAUGA